AUGCCGAUUUCUCAUUUCUUCUCCUUCCACUGUAAUCGUCGCUCGAUUUCGUCACGUCAUCUGAUGGUUAACGUCACGGAGAGAUUCUUGGAGGACUAUGCGUGCAGUUCGUAUGGCCGUGGCUCCCACGCGCAACGUUGCGGCACCGAGUGCCACUCCGAGCCGGAAUACAAGUUCUGCUGUCUGAAAAUGGGCUUCUGCAAUUGGUAUCAAUCGUGGUGGUUCAUUUGGGUAUCCGUCAGCGCCACUCUCAUCAUUCUCUUCCUUUCGAUCUGUCUCCUCUGUUGGUGCUGUAGCAGAAGUCGUCGGAGAUAUUGA